GUUAAGUAUAUACAGGCAAAAUUUUGGUGUUAUGAUUUAAGCGGAAAAUUGCUGCAAAUUAGCAUAUUUUCUCAGUGUUUUUCUCUAACCAGUCACCAGCUGUGGCAGCCAGGGGAGCUACAAUCCUUAUUGCUGGGACUGCUGUCAUCCCACUCUGCAAAACACAGCUCCCAAAAAAAGGCAGCUCCUUGUUUGUUGCACAUCAUUCCUCUAAGACACUGAACUAUUUUCAAUACUGCAGUUCUAAAGAGCCGGGCCACCCAAAAUAUUUCAACAGUUGUGAGAUCUCAUACAGCCUGGAGUGUGUAUUUCUGGAAUCGUGAAAGGACAAGGAAAACUUAAACCAACAGUCUGCCCACAACUCCGUUUCUGAACUACUGCCGCUCUGCAGAAUCUAUGAAACGACAAGGUAUUUUUUUUAACGUUUUGGCUAAAAACGGCAAAAUCAUAAUCAAAAGACUACUGGGAUCAUCUUUAUCAUAGAUCAAAUGAUAAUUGGAGUAGGACUCAAAACGACGUGGAAGUAGAGGAAAAUGUCACUCCAACACAAUUUCAAGACAAUAUGUGGUAUUUAAAGUCUGUGUGAAAGGUUAUUUGAGAGAAGCUGUUCAGAUUUUUUGGCAGGAUUGUUGAUUUCAUUCCAUCUUCGACUUGGCCACACCACUGUGUCAUCCUGCAUUACAAUGAUUCCCAGCUACCCUUGUCUGCCAGAGCUGCUUCAUUAUUUUGCACAAAAAAAGCACAAGACAGUUUUCGUGACCCUGUUUUUGCUUUGUAUUCGUGUUUGUUAUUUUGUAAAAUUUUACCUUUUGUCCAAAUUAAACAGGAGUGACUAUGAAACCAGACUGUCUGCAAAGACAGAAAGAGCAGCUGUCACAGAUUUCCUGGUUUUUGCUGUUGUUUAUUCUACUGUUUUUUUUGUUUGUUUGAAAGCGAGAGAGUGAGAGAGAUAGGGAGUGAGUGGAAAAGAGAGGGCAGCCUUUCAAAGAGCGUCUGAGAUGUGCAGCAGCCUCACAGCUGGUUGGCCUUUCCUGUGAGCUUGAUCAAGGUGAGGAGCGAGACAGUUUCCUUUUUUUUUUUUUGCUCGUGGGUGCCUCAUUUGUGCAAGUGAGCCAGCGGCAGGAGCAGAGUGGAGCGUGCUCAGUGUCUGCAUGUUACUGCUGCCUCUCAGCUGGGGGAAGAAUCCUUACUGGCAUCAAUGUAAUGGGGCCCAGUAAUGAAGAGGGCCCACCUGAACCUUCAUGUCCAGCCAUGUACCAGCUGGAUAUUGUUCUAAAAAGAGGGAAAAACCUGGCCAUUCGAGAUCGAACAGGGACCAGCGACCCAUAUGUAAAGUUUAAAAUUGCAGGAAAGGAGGUGUUUCGAAGCAAGACCAUCCAUAAAAACCUCAACCCAGUUUGGGAUGAGAGAAUAUGCCUUCUGGUGGAAACCCUGAGGGACCCGCUGUAUGUCAAGGUCUUUGACUACGACUUUGGGUUCCAGGAUGAUUUUAUGGGCUCAGCGUAUCUUCAUCUUGAGUCACUGGAACAUCAAAGGACAUUGGACGUGACUCUUGACCUAAAGGACCCUCAGUACCCUGAACAUAACUUAGGCAGCCUGGAACUAGCCGUCAAUCUGUCGCCGAAGGAGGGAGACAUACGAGAUGCUACCAUGCUUUUGAGAAGGAACUGGAAACGAUCUAGUAAGUGUCAGAGUAUGCGUCUGUCGGACGUGCACAGAAAGUCCCAGCUGUGGAGAGGCAUAGUCAGCAUCAGUCUGAUAGAGGGUCGCAGCCUGCAGCCAAUGGAUGCCAACGGUCUCAGUGACCCUUACGUCAAAUUCAGGAUGGGCCAUCAAAAGUACAAGAGCAAGACAAUUCCCAAAACACUAAACCCUCAGUGGAGGGAACAGUUUGAUUUCCACCUGUAUGAUGAGCAGGGGGGCUUUGUAGACAUUACAGUUUGGGACAAAGAUGCUGGCAAGAAAGAUGACUACAUUGGAAGGUGCACUGUUGACUUAUCACUUCUCAGUAGAGAACACACUCACAAGCUGGAGCUUCCACUGGAGGACGGGGAAGGUGUUCUGGUGCUGCUGGUCACACUCACUGCGUCUGCUGCUGUUUCCAUCUCAGACCUGUCUGUCAACAUGCUGGAUGAUCCGCAUGAGAGACGCCACAUCUUGCAGAGAUAUAGCCUCUGGAGGUCAUUCCACAAUCUGAAAGAUGUGGGUGUGGUGCAGGUUAAGGUCAUCAGGGCUGAGGGACUCAUGGCAGCAGAUGUCACAGGUAAGAGCGACCCAUUUUGUGUGGUGGAACUGAGUAACGAUCGGCUCCAGACGCACACGGUUUACAAAAACCUCAACCCAGAAUGGAACAAAGUCUUCACUUUCAACGUGAAGGACAUCCACUCGGUCCUUGAGGUCACUGUUUACGAUGAGGACAGAGACCGGAGUGCGGACUUCCUGGGGAAAGUGGCUAUUCCUUUACUAAAUAUCCAAAAUGGAGAACGCAAAGCCUAUGCCUUGAAAAGCAAGGAGCUGACAGGGCCAACAAAAGGGGUCAUCUUUCUCGAAAUAGACGUGAUUUUUAAUGCUGUGAAGGCUGGACUCAGGACGCUGACUCCCGCCGAGCAAAAGUAUAUCGAAGACGAGCAAAGAGUGUCCAAACAGUUACUUUUGCGCAACUUCAACCGGGUCCGACGCUGCAUCAUGUUCCUGAUCAACACGGGCUGCUACAUUAACAGCUGCUUCGAAUGGGACUCUCCGCAGAGGAGCAUCUGUGCUUUUGUGAUUUUCGUCAUCGUUGUUUGGAACUUUGAACUCUACAUGGUCCCUCUGGCUUUGCUGUUGCUGUUGGCUUGGAACUACAUACUUAUUGCAUCGGGGAAGGAUACAAGACAAGACGUGCAAGUCGUGGAGGACCUGCUGGAGGAUGAGGAUGAGGAGUUUGACAAAGAUGACAAGGACACUAAACCAGGCCCCUGGGAGGACAGCCGUGAUAAAAACCAUGUCCUCGAGGAUAUGUUGGCUUCCUGGCACUUUGAGUGGAUAAAAGCGAUGGUGGACUCAGAGAAAAAGGGCUUCAUGAACAAGCUUUAUGCCAUUCAGGACGUGUGCAUCAGCGUGCAGAAUGCUCUGGAUGAAGUGGCCUCCUAUGGCGAGAGGAUAAAGAACACAUUUAACUGGACUGUGCCUUUCUUAAGCUGGCUAGCGAUUGUGGCUCUGGGAUUGGCCACCGUCAUCAUCUAUUUCAUCCCGCUGCGACUCAUAGUGUUGGCCUGGGGGGUGAAUAAAUUCACCAAGAAGCUUCGAGACCCUUACACCAUUGAUAACAACGAGCUGCUGGACUUUCUGUCCAGAGUGCCCUCAGAUGUGCAAGUGGUGCAGUUCCGAGAGCUGAAACUGGAUCCCAAUCCCAGUCCAAAUAAAAGAAAGAAAAACAACCCCGGGUAGAUUACUUCAUCCGCCCACUGACUACACUUCUCUGUCUGCUGAUGGGCGCUGAAGAAUGGAAGACGGCUGCUCUCGAGCAGCUCCACACCUCUGGACUUCCACCUUUUUCUUAUAUAUAUAAUCAUAUUAUUAUUUUUUUUUUUUGCAUUUUGUUUCUCUGUUUUCUUUUUCUAGUACUGUUUCAUGCAGUGCCCUUUUGAUACUGGACUCAAAAUAGUUUAACACGUGUGCUUUUAAUUUGUACCAGCACAUUUGGGUGGCAAUAUUGGAGGGAAUGAGUUUUAUUGGCCAAAGUGAGCUGCUCCCUUCAGUUCUCUCUGACUUCAUCCAUGUGCAUGCUGCAACUUUCACGACCAAAACAACAAGAUCAUUUUCUCUGUUUUAAGAGUAUGGGAGUUUCUCCAUAUUUAAAAAAAGUAGAGGCCUUAAACUAAUAUAGUUGCUGUAGUAUACACACUUUUUUUAUUUGACGUUAUUUGUUGUUUACCCCCCCCCCCUCAUUUGCUGUAAUGAUGUUGCAGUCACUUACAGUUCAUUGGAUUGUCUGAGCUCAUCUAGCUAAGUUGAUUAGCAAUUAUGUUGUGAGCCUCCAGAUACGUUCCAUCCAUCGUCAGAACUCGCUGAAUCCCUUUCGGGGGUCAUGGGGUUGCUGGAGCCAACCCAGCUUCUGUUGGGAGGAGGCGGGGUCAAUCCUAAACAGGUUGCCAGUUUGUUACAAGGCCCUCCAGAUAUGUUCUCUAACAUAAAUGUGGACCAACAGACUGUGGGUUUGCAUCUCUUUGAUAUAUUGAGUUACAAAUGUGUCUGACCCGGCCACCUGUAAGAACCAUGCGGGGUUAGACUGCAUCUUGUUGAAUCUCACUGCUCCUGCAGGAGCAGAUCUGUUAGCUGUUGCCUUGUUCAGCCAUUUAAAACACAUGUGACCAUCUUCAGUCACUCAAAGAGACAUUUCCUCUGUCUGCGAGGAGGCGCAGCUGACUGGGCCUGCUGUCGUGGUGUUAAUAUAGAUGUCACCCAGUCUAUGCAGAGUGUCAUCAGGCAGGCAGGCAGGCCUUUAGGCAGCCACAGCCUUAAUCUUGUUUGAAAGGCUGGUCUCUUUCCCUCUCAUCUCCCUGCAUGUUUGCCUUGGCGGCCACACACAACAGCAUUCACACGCACACACACUUCUCCAUGUGCAUGCAGACAAAAAAAAAAAAAAAUCUCCCCAUCUUAGCUCGUCUAAGAAAUCUUGCACACUCACUCUGUAACCACUUGCUCACAGACACAACCUUGUGUUUGGGCGAAAACACUUUCUCUGAGGCACACAAACUGACGCACAAACACAAACAGGCUCUCUGUGAUGCUGCGCCCCAGGCUGGCCGCCCUCUCCAUCUGCCCCACCUCCUGUGCCCACAGCUCAACUUUGAUCAGUCCUUCCAGAGUGUUUGCAUAGAAGCAUUUACGCAAUCAAAGUAACGCUGCUUCUCUCAUCGCCGGUGUGUGUUACAAUCGUAUCUCCCCUCCAGCUGUAGACAGAUGCCUUGAUUCACUUACAGCGUGUGGUGGUGUCGGAGCGCCGCAGCACAAGCGACAGCUGCGGUUUGGUGUCGAGUUUUGCAGAGAUGCAAGAUGAGCAGCGAGUCAUUGUGUGACAAGACGGGGCUCCAAGUAAACUCAGGCCCGAGAUGUCAGGGAUGGAGGAAUGUUGGUGUGUGAGCGCGUCGUGGUAUUUCAGAACCUGCUUCCCGUCAUUUGCUCUCUCUGUGGUCCCGUCAUUCGUCAGCGAGCAGGGUUGCGACCCUGUCUGAAGGGACGGUCUCCUGGGCUUCUUGUGGAGCAUCUUUUGAAACAUCACAGCGCAGGCUGCGUUUGAAGAGGCCUCCUCUCAUCAUAUUGAUCCCUGCCUCUACUUCUUCUGCCCACACCCUCACCCUGCCCCUCCCAGCACUGCCUACUUGUCUUUAGCACUCUUAAACCCUAUCCUUCCUGUAACUCUCUCAUAUCAUCUUCUCUCCAUCUUUGUGCCAUCACUUUUUGCCCUUCUGUCUCCGUCCAUUUAUCAGUGUGGUUGCAUAUCAACUGGCUCAUAUCUGUCACUCCCAAAUACCUUUGAAUUAUUUAUUUUUCAGAGUCACAAACUUUGCCUCCCUCAAACUGAUAACCUCUUUAAAAAAUGUUACUUUGGAAAUAUAUAUAUAUAUAUAUAUAUAUAUAUAUAUUUUCAUCCAAUUCCUGAAGGGACUGUGAGUGCAGAUAUUUCUGUCAUGUGUGUGGUCGCUUUAAAGCCAAUAAUGGUGAUAAUGCAUACAAAAAAAAAAAAAUUAAUUUUGUUCUUCUUUUAUGAGAUUGUAUCAGGUUGACAGUUGCAAUGAAAAAGGCUUUUAUUUAGUUUAAGAUGAAACUAUUUAUUUUUUAAAUGACAUUGUACAUAGCCUUUGAUUAAUUUGUGUUUUAUACAGUAUGCCUGUAAUGUUGUAAAGUGGUUGUAUGCCUGCCUUUUUUUCGAGCAUCUGUCUUCUCAGCUUGCGAUGUUGCCUGCCUUUGAUAUCAUCUUCAUGUCAACUGCUCCCACCAAUGAAACUUCCAGACAAGUCUGCCAGGAGAGCCGAGUCAUUGUUUGGUCGGAAGAGGUCAUAUUAAUAUGUAUAUCUAGAAUUUGAAAUGCAUUUUGAUGUAUGUUGUUUAUUUUUUGGCAGAUAUAGAAAACAAAUUAAAUAUUUUUUAUCAUCUUCAAGGUU